AUGUGUACAUUCGUCGUGACUGAAAGAACUCACUGUCACUGCGGUUAGGUGAAAGCAAAAACUUAAAGAAAUUAUUUAUAAUUUUGCUAUAUUUUUUGGCAAAGACAAUUAUUAUUUAAAAUCUUGUUAUUAACAAAGACUCUGGCGGCGGCGUUUGAUUGUUUUGUUGUCUCCUAACAAAAACAACGUUACAUCAUGAAGUGCUAUUACGAGGAACUGGGUGUUGCACGCGACGCCAGCGAUGGGGACAUCAAGACAGCAUACAGAAAAUUAGCACUGCGCUGGCAUCCGGAUAAGAAUUUGAAUAAUUCGGAGGAGGCCAAAGAAAGAUUCCAAACACUCCAACAGGCGUACGAGGUUCUAUCGGAUCAGCACGAACGGGCGUGGUAUGACAAUCAUAGGGAACAGAUUCUCCGGGGAAAGAACUCGGAGUAUGAGGAGAAUUGCCUGGAUUUGUUUCAGUAUUUCACGGUCUCGUGCUUCAAGGGGUAUGGGGAUGAUAACAAGGGAUUCUACAAGACGUAUGCUGAGGUUUUUGAGAAAAUCGCAGCCGAAGAUGCGGAGUUUAUGGAUGACGAAGAGGAAAUCGAGAAUAUACCCAAGUUUGGGGAUUCUACGAGCAGCUAUGAGGAUGUAGUUGGGCCAUUCUACGCCUACUGGCAGAGCUACUGCACCAAGAAAACGUACACGUGGUUGUGCCCACAUGACAUCACCGGAAUCAAGGACCGUCGGGUGCUGAGAUACAUCGAGAAGGACAUGAAGAAAAUCGUCCAACAAGCAAAGAGGGAGAGAAAUGAUGAGGUGAGGAAUCUAGUUUCGUUCAUUCGAAAGAGGGACAAACGUGUCCAAGCAAACAAGAAGCUCCUGGAGGAGAAAGCGGCCCUGAAUCGACAGAAGCAGGAACAAAACCGCCUCGAGCAGAUCAGGAAGCGCAACCGGGAGCUGGAAGAGAUGCGUAAAGCUAACCCAAAUGUUUUCAACGAAGGUUUCGAGGAACAACUGAAGCAACUCGAGCAGGAAUACGACAAAGAUCUUGAUUCCGAAGAAGAUGAGUCCGAUGGCAGUUUAGACUCUGAUGAGGACAAAGAGGAAGUCGACCUUAUCGAUGAUCUGUAUUGUGUGGCCUGCAACAAGGCCUUCACAAAUGAAAAUGCUUUCAUGAAUCACGAAACUAGUAAAAAACACAAAGAGAACAUCGAAAGGCUCGUACGAGAAAUGAAGGACGAGGAGAAGUCAUUCGAAGAGGAGGAGGAUACAAAACAACAAAAAAAGGUUCAUAUAGUUGAGUUGGACGACUUGGAUGAGCUGGAUAGUGACUUUGAUGGCAUGUCUGAUGAUAUGGACCUCCCCAGUGACUUGGAGGACAUAGACGCAGAACUACUAGAUUCGGAACUUGAAGAUGAGCUCUAUAAUCUGUACCUCGACGAAAAGGAAGAGUAUGAGGAGGAGGAGAAGCAGGGAAAGCUGGAGGAGGAGAAGGAAGAAAUAAAAGAACCCACAAUAGUCUCAACGAAGAAGCCCAAAAAGAAUAAAAAAGCUAAAAAGGCUCCUAAAGUCGAUAAUGAAGCUUUUGAAGAGAAAGAAUCGGAAGAAGAAGUUGUUACAAAAAUAGAAGACAAAGAAGAAAAAGUUGACGAUAGUGAUGAUGACUGGGGAAAGGGUAAGAAAACGGCCAAAAAAUCAAAGAACAAAAAGGCACAAAAGAAAUCUACAGCCACAGAAGUUCAAGCAGAACACCAGCCAACUGCAAAAGAACAAGUAAAGGAGCCUAAAAUUAGUUUGAAUGGCAGUGUCAAUGGCAACGACAACGCCAACGAUCCAUCUUGUGAUACCAACCACAAUUGUGUCACUUGUAAGGCAACAUUUCCAUCGAAGAAUAAACUAUUUGCCCAUUUGAAGAAGACCAAUCACGGAGUGUAUAUUCCCAAAGCCAAACCCCAGGCAACUGCCCAAACACAAACAACAAAAAAAUCAAAAGGAAAAAAGAAGUAAAUUGUUGGUCUUAAUGUGUAAAUAAUUUAAGUAACCUUUAUUUGUGAUGCUCCUCUUCGAUUUUAAUACAAAAAUAAACACGUAAUUUUAUUGACUUAAAUUACGGUCCUAUAAGAUUAUUGUAUUCUUCCUAACUAACUAAGUUACAAUUAGUUAUUUGUUGUAAAUUAUUGUAAAAAAAAAAACAGAAAUAUAAUCAACAAGACAAAAUAAAAAAAUAAACAAAAUGCA